UCGUAUCCAUCUUACUAUAUAGUAGACAGGACUCGACUAUUCCAUCAUUAUAUUCGCACCCUGCUUAUGUGUGCGAACAAAUCGUUCGUCUCCUGUUUGAUGCUCAGUUUUCAACGGAGUUGAAGGGAAACUUUAUAAGAGAAAGGAAGUUACGGAUUGUCUCAAAGUGAUAAACGAAAAUUCUCGUAACUAUCGAAAAACGAUAGUCAAUACAAGGAUAUCAUUAUCACAUUUAAAACUAUCACAAUGAACGGUGAUUCGUCGCAGCAAGGUACCACGAAUAAGAUAUCUCAAUCUAAAGAGAUAUGUUGGCAUUAGCGAUGUAUUAAUCCGGGAAGCUCGUCUAUCUCGGAAAUAUCGAGUCUGGGACAACGUCAAUUUGGAAAUUAUUCUUAGAGAAUAUGAAAAUUAUUACAAGAUAAAAUUCCAAAAAUAUCCUAUAUUGUGUAAGAAAAUAACUGAAAAGGAAAUAAAGACGAGGGAAAUGACAAAUGCGAACAAAGUCAAACAAACGAGAAGUGAGUCUGUAUCUGGGUCUGUCGAAGGGAGGAAUGCACAACAGAAGAUGAGGGGUGAUGCUACCGAUGAUAUUAAUCUUGCAAUGACAGUGACAACAAUUUCUGCCAAUGAAAACGAUGGAUCUUCAUCAGAAGAGCUUCAUCAAAGAGCUUCAUUUAACGUCUCAAUGGAACAAUCCAGGCAAUCAAAGAUAUCAAAAUGUGCUCGGGACCUUUAUAUAGACAAUCCAGAAUUGCAGAAGAUUGCUCAAGACAUUUUAUCUGAAAUCAUACUGAAAGAAUUAAAUGUAUAUUGGGACAACAUUGCAGGCCUAGAGGAAUGUAAAUCUGCCAUUAAGGAUGCCAUUGUGUAUCCCCUUAAAUACCCUAUCUUUUUUAAAGGCCCAUUUGCUCCCUGUAAAAGUAUUCUGCUAUAUGGACCACCUGGUACAGGGAAGACGAUGUUGGCGAAGGCAGUCGCAACAGAAUGCCAAUGCACCUUUUUUAACGUAACGACCAGCUCAUUGGUGGACAAAUGGAGAGGUGAUUCCAAGAAGUAUAUCCGUGUUUUAUUUGAACUUGCCUAUAAUAAUUCGCCUACAAUUAUUUUUAUCGACGAGAUUGACUGCAUAGGAACAAAUAAAGGAGUAAAGUAUACAUUGUCUGAAUCUGCAAAGACAUUCAGAUCAGAACUUCUUUUUAGAUUGGAUAGAUUAGUAAUUAACAAAAAUUCUGAUGUAGUUCUUUUGGCCGCAACUAAUUGCCCUUGGGAUAUUGAUGCAACUUUACGCAGACGCCUUGAAAAGAAUAUAUACGUAUCAUUACCAAACGAAGUUACUCGAUUUUAUAUGUUCAAAUUAUACCUUAGCAACCGAUUAUUAGAGAAUAUGGAUAUUGUGAGUCACAUAAUAAAAUCUACUGAAAAAUAUUCUUGUGCUGAUAUAAAAUUGCUUUGUACGCAAGCAUGGCUGCUAGAAAUGAAUCCAAUGUUUAAAAGACUUGAAAAAGGAGAAACAUCUACUACGACUUUGAAAUAUGAAUUAAAGAAUUAUAAAAUAAUAGCAAAAUUGUUAAAAAAAAUGUCACCUACAGUUACGAAUGUGGAUAGAUAUGAAGCGUGGAAAAAAUAUGUAUGCCAU